AGAGCGCUCCGGAACACGGCAGCUUGUUUAAUACGCGUCUUUACCGGGACUCAGGAACGUGGAGGGGGCAGCAAUCAGCCCGAAGAGGCAGGUCGGAACCGGGUCGGCACUCCAGGAUGGCUUCAGGGGAGCUUUACGAGGUGGAACGGAUCGUGGACAAGCGGAAGAACAAAAAGGGCAAGUGGGAAUAUCUAAUCCGAUGGAAAGGUUACGGGAGCAAAGCGGACACGUGGGAACCUGAGCACCAUCUGCUGCACUGUGAAGAGUUCAUCGAUCAGUUCAACAGUCUCCGCCUGCAAGACCGGCGCUCCAAGCCAGCCAGAACCAGCACACAAGCAGGGGUCCGGGACGCCUCCAGAUCCCAAGGAGAAACACGGAAAAAGAAAAGGACUAGCGGGGGAGGAGCCCCGGGGCUCAGUGUCCCACAUAAACCGAGGAAAAUGAGCGGAGGGAAAGCAUCAGGGGACAGAAUGAGCAAACCUGUGACUUAUAAACGAGUGAACGCAGGACUUCAGUUUGUUCCUCCUAUCAGGCGUCCUACAAACGGACUUCAGAAUGGAGAAAUGGACGCCAUGCAGUACAGGACCACUGCCAGGACACAGAGCGUCCCGAGCAGCCGGGUGGACAGGAUGAUGGGAGAAAAGGAAAUGAGCGGCGCUGCAGCACCACUCAGACCUGAACUGGGUUCGCCGCUCCUGAACGGAGACGCACAUUUACAUGCUUCAACCAAGCGGAAGCUGGCUGAGGACAAAGGCUAUAUUUUUGACAAGAGGCUGAGGUACAACGUCCGGCAAAGCGAGACGAAUUACAGAUUCAGGGACAUCGUAGUGAGGAAGGAAGAAGGUUUCACACACGUCCUGCUGUCCAGCCAAACAUCAGACAAUAAUGCACUAACACCAGAGAUCAUGAAGGAGGUGUGUCGAGCUCUAGGCGCGGCGGCGGUGGAUGACAGUAAGCUGCUGUUGUUCAGCGCAGUGGGCAGCAUCUUCUGUAGCGGCCUGGACGCCUCGUACCUGAUCGGCCGCCUUUCCACCGACCGCAGAAAAGAGAGCAGCAGAAUCGCUGAAGCUGUGAGGGAUUUUGUAAAAGCCUUCAUCCAUUUUAAGAAGCCCAUCGUGGUGGCCGUCAACGGUCCUGCCCUGGGUUUGGGCGCCUCAAUCCUUCCUCUGUGUGACAUCGUGUGGGCCAGCGAGCGGGCCUGGUUCCAAACCCCAUGUGCUGCAUUGCGCCUUACGCCCUCUGGUUGCUCCUCAUACACUUUCCCUCAGAUCCUGGGAGUGGCUCUGGCCAAUGAGAUGCUGUUUUGUGGGAGGAAGCUGACGGCACAGGAGGCGUGCAGCCGAGGUUUGGUCUCGCAAGUGUUCUGGCCGACCACCUUUAACCAGGAAGUGCUGCUGCGGGUGAAGGAGAUGGCGACCUGCAGUGCUGUGGUCCUGGAGGAGUCGAAGUGUAUGGUGCGCAGCAUCCUGAAGUCCAUGCUGGAGGAGGUGAAUGAGAAAGAGUGCCAGAUGCUCAAACAGCUGUGGUGCUCCACCAAGGGCCUGGAGGCUCUUUUCACCUACUUACAGAGUAAAGGUUACAACGCCUAAACAUCUCGUCGUCUCGCAUUGUCAGCGUGACCGCGCCCCCACCGCACCCACCUACAGCAGAUGAUGUCAUGUACUUUAAAUGAAUUGAAUAUAAGCCAAGAAUUUAUGUUUAUUAUUAUCAUCGUUAUCAUUAUUAUAAUCCCGACCGGAUCAGAAGGGUUUGGUUUUUUUCAAGGACGCUUCCAGACCAGACUGACAAUUCUAUAACUUAAUGAAAUGCCUUUAAUGUUGUCGUUCUUUAUUUAUUUAAAAACCAAGCCAUUUUGCAUACAAGUGCAAACAAAUAAUUCAAUAAUCCUGUGUAGAUGUACAGUGUAGAUAAUUGUGGUUGUUUAAGUUAAUUUAUUGUCACGCUCAUGUCUAAUGGGGUGAAUUUCAUACCAAAGGUUCUUGGUAAUUUAUACUAAUUAUAAUUAUUAUUAAUAAUAAUUCUUCUUCUUUUCUUGUACCUUAAACACAUUCCUGUCAUACCCUAUCAUCGUUGUGACGCGCGCCAUGGCGACAGUCCAGUUGUGAUGAAGUGUAGAUGGACGCCAUCCUUUUUUUUUUUUUUUAACAUUUUUAUUAUAAUGUUUGCCACAAAUCCAUCGUCCUUUUGUUAGACGUCAAUUACCGUCUCUGUCGUCAGCCCUGAAUGUGAUGAUCGACUCUCUUCCUGGUAGAUUAGAGGGAUGAAAUUAUUCUUUUAAGAAUAGUAGGUGCUUCGAAUGAAAAUAUAUUCAAAAAAAAAAAAAAAACAUUGACCGAUAUCUCAUGCAUUGUUCAUCCCUUAUUCAUAAAUCUAUGCAAAUCCAAUAACAGGACAGUUUUUAUUUUUUAUUUUUCUUUGUUUAUUGCUUGACAGAGAUCGAAGUUCAAAAUGAAGUGUCGUCAUAUUGUGACAAGAUAAUGAGAUGAAGAAAAAAAUGAAAAUGAGGCUGAAUUGUAACGUCUGUGCUGCUGUUCGUCCUUUCGCUCUGCUCCAAACGCCACAUUUUUCUUCAGAACAGAUUUAUCUUUAGUUUGUUUGUUUUUUCAUGAACAUUCACUAGAUGAGUAGAUAUACUGUAUGUACGUACGUACGUACAUAUGUAUGCAUGCUCGAGUAUUGUAAAGAGCUCAUCGGACGUUCUCAAAUAAUUUGCGAUAUUUUCUUUUCAUAUCAGCCCUGAGCAAAAUCAUAAAUCAAGAUUUGAUAGCUAUUAAAGAUUUUACAUCAGCAUAAAAGCAAGUGUGGCAAACUCGUAUUUCACCGAAGCUGUUUCACUUUGGAUAACAAAAUCAUUUACUUCCAAGAAAAAAAAAAACGCUUGAUUGCAAACAAUUCAGAAAAACACCCGCCUUUCUCCCCUUCUCCGAUUUCAGCCACGCCCAGGACUACGGUGUAGGACUGUGUUUGGUCAGAACACUGAAUUAUAUUGACGACUUACAGGACAUCAGUGUUUAAUUCUUUAAAAAGAAAUUCCUUUUCACGGAAGAGAUAAAGCGAUGUAAAAGCAAUGCGAUGGAUGGUUUGGUCUUCCUGUGUAGCAUGUUGCCCUCACGUCACAAAGCGUAUGUCACAGAAAAUCUCUCUCUCUCUGUCCUCCGUCUUAAUAAAGAAAGCGAAAAAUCUCAGAGUUUAAGCUAAGGUCUCACAUAGCCCGAAUCACUUCACGGUAGACACCAGUAGAUGGUUUAUGAGCUGUCUGGGGGCCAACCAGCACGCGUUCUGGGCCCUUCUGUUGGAAUACAUGAGAACCAAGGAGCUACCUUGACAACCGGAAGGGCGUGGCUUCCAACCCUCGAAAGUUUCGUUGUGUUGAAAAUUGUCGUGUUUCAAGUGCUGGAUGAAUUCAUCUGUCGCAACCAUGAAGGUAUCUAUGAGCAUCCUUAAGGCUUACGUGGGCUUCCGGGGCUUACCGGAGCAUUCUGUCACAACCAUCGAGCUCAAAAAUGUUCACGGAACAACAUUCUGCAGAAAGUGAAAAGUUUGCUUCGGGGGCGCGGUUUAUUUCGUCUUGUCGUGGAAAUGCCGGACUGUACACACUGCCGUCAUUGCUGUAAGGCCAUACGUCACUAUACAUCGCUGCCGCAGUUGGUUUUACCAGCGUCUUCCGUCGCUGCUCUCAUGGCUACCUUGACUUCAUUUGCAUAUUUACUCCACCCACAGUUAUGCGACGGAUCAUCUCCAAAAUCUGCCAAAAUUACUCCGAUAGCCCCAGCCACGGUUCUCACGGAUCAACCGGCUAUGUGUGACCUUAGCAUAACCUUUUGAAGCUUUUCGAACAAUUCAUGGUUGUCAUUUUCUUCAACGCUUUUUUCAAACUCGGCUAUCAAUUUAAUUUUCUGCUAAACAGGAAGUCCAAGUACUGUCAGGUUGCUUUGUCCAUUUGAACAGAACCCUGAUAUGUUCGACCCCUCGGUGUCGUUCUUUAGGCAGGUGAGAACACAGCAAUCACGCUCAGGUGUGGACCAAAACGACUGGCAAGAAACCAAUCGACUCUGAAUCAAAUGCAGGAAACGAAUCGAACGAGUCGUGUGUUUUGGGUUGCAGUGAUUUUUGUUUGUUUGUUUUUUGUAGAUGUUAAACUGACACGUACUGAUCCAAAGAAUGGAGCUGUCGCACUUUGUGGCAGGAAUGCCAUGUUUUCUGGAAAUUUGGACUGACGAACAAAAAGUGAAAAUAAACGCUAAACUCAAAAUUCGACAUUCAAAUUGUUUUAACCCUGCGUUCUGUGUGCUGUUUGACAGUGGAUCUACUGUUCCUGAGUCAUGUAGACACGCAAUGAAAUAAAAGUAAAGACGCAUAAAAUGACUACAUCAGGUGCGUGUAUUCAGGCACAGCGUCCUCCAAAAGUAUUGGAACGGCAAGGCCAGUUUUUUGUUUUUGCUAUACAGUACACAAGACAUUUGUGUUCGAGAUCAAAAGAAAAAUACGAGAUGAUAGAUCAGAAUUUCAACUUUCAUUAACUGAUAUUUACAUCUAGAUGUGUUAGGACAUUGCAUCUCUGGUGGCAGACCGCCCAAUUUUGCAGUGAUCAAAAGUAUUGGAACAUACAGUUUUCGAGUGCAUUGAAGUACACGAAAUACACUUAUUUGGUUCAAUAACUGCGUCAAACCAAUGACCCACUGAUAUCCCUACACUGCUACGUUCUUCUUUUGCUUCAUUCUUCUCCAGGUUUUCCUUUCAGUUGUUGUUUAGUUUUGGGGGUCUCUCCCUUCAGUCGCCUCUUCAGGAGCUGAAAUGCUGCUCAGUUGGGUUGAGGUCGAGUGAUUGACUUGUCCAGUCUAAAACCGUCCACGUUUUUCCCCAGAUCAAGUCCUUUGUUGUGUUGGCAGUCAGUUCUGGUCAUUGUCUUGCUGCGUGAUGAAGUUCCUCCCAAUUAGAUUGGGUGCAUUUCUCUAUAAAUUGACAGAAUUCAUUGAACUCAUUCUGCUGCUACCAUCAUGAGAUCCAUCAUCAUUCAAUAUUAGUGAACCCGUUCGAGAAGCAGCCAUGCAACCCCAAGCCAUGACACUACCUCCAUCAUGCUCCAUCACGAGCAGAUCCGUUCUUCCUCCACACUUUGGUAGAGGUUCAUCUUGGUUCCAGGAGUUUUGUGGCUCAUUCCAAUCUGGCCAAUCUGAUGAGAGGUUGGCGUUUAUAUUUCUGCUCUCAAAGUCUUCUUCAAACGGCAGAUUCUGAGAUCUUCACCCUUGUCCUGUGGAGGCUAUUGGUGUGACGUCAUUGUUUUUUGGAUUGUUUUCUUCACAGCUCUCAUCAUAUUUCUUUCAUCGACUGCUGUUGUUUUCCUUGGCCGAUCUGGUCCAUGUCUGAUUGUUAGGACACCAGUGGUUUCUUUUUGUUUUUCCUCAGAACAUUCCAAAUUAUUCUAUCCACAUUCACUAGAUAUGAACAAUCAUGUGCUCUGAUUGGCUGCUCUACUACUAGGUUAUCAGCUCAUAUACCAUGUGUAGAGAAAAACAAAAUGGCGGUGCAUGUCAUUGAACCAACCGAGGACGAAAUAAAAACUCUACACAAAAACAAAACCGAAAGUAGAUAGAAUAAAACAGUUAUUCCACUCAAUCUCAUCGUACAUGGCUUAUCGCCGACUCGGUGCUAUGCGCCUCAUCAGCUAUCAGCUCAUGUACGACUCAAUUUCAGGGAAUAACUGUUAAUUAUUGUCUUGGCUAUGCUCAGUGCUUGUGCACUGGCUCGGAUUGAUUUCCUGUCUUUUUCUCAUCUUCAAAUUGGCUUCCUUUUCUCCCAUAGGCAGCUCUCUGGUCUUAAUGUUGGUUUAUCCUUUUUAAGAACAAAUGUGUCACGCCAUGGGAUUUUUGUACCCGAUGCUCUGUUUACAGAAUGCGUAGAAACGGUGUUGAAAAGUGCAAAAUAUUUUUGCACCGUUUUCGCUGACUGAUCCAGUAACUAUCAACAAAUAACCACCUCAAUAGGGCCCCUACGGGAUACAUUUACCACUUUUAACAUCAUCCACGACUGAGACAAGUCUAGAUCGUCCUUCUGCCAUAAAAAUCGUCGAAUGACAUUUUGAUUUGUAGUGAAAAUGUGUCGAUCAUGCGAGCGCAGUUUUCGCACGACAUUCGCUUGGCGGCGCUAAUAGUUCACCACGUGUUUUCUUGACCUUCUGAGCAGCAUUUUGUCAUCUGUUGGUCAACAAAUCUGAAAAAUUCGCCAAUAAUCUACAGUCGAGAUUGUCUCCUGAUGGAUUCACAAGGUUCUGUAUCAUCUAUAAUGUCAGAUUCACAGUAACUUUUCUCGAUCCAAUUUCACUUUGGUUUGUAUUUCCUGCAUACGGACGCUUGGGAGUUUAAUGCAGCAGGUAGAAUUCAAAAUCCAUAAUCUGAGCAUCUGGUAUGGAAAUCUGGUGGACUGACACUCGUGUAGUUUUCACAGGUGGAACCCAGGCCUCAAAGUAAAACAUUCAGAGCUACACUACCGUUCAAAAGUUUGGGGUCACUUUGAAAUGUCCUUAUUUUUGAAAGAAAAGCACUGUUCUUUUCAAUGAAGAUCACUUUAAACUAAUCAGAAAUCCACUCUAUACAUUGCUAAUGUGCUAAAUGACUAUUCUAGCUGCAAAUGUCUGGUUUUUGGUGCAAUAUCUCCAUAGGUGUAUAGAGGCCCAUUUCCAGCAACUCUCA